AUGUCGGGUCCACAUAAUUCGAUCGAUCCCAUACGGGAAAGAUUAGAAGAAAGAGACGAACAGUGCUUGCAAGGGGAAGAUUCAUCGCUGCAAGAUUGUAUAUCUAGAGAAAAACAAGCAGUGGAAGAAAAAGCCCGAUCCAGUGGUGGUACCAAUCAUUCUGAUGCUCAACAGAAAAUUAUUGGAAUAAAUCAAGCGCCGAAGUAUAACACAAUAUAUCAAUCUAUUAAUAACUUGGAACCAAUAAUGCUUGAUAAAGGAUUUGUGAGGGAACUGAUGAUGUUAAUCGUUAUCUGUAAAGAGAAGGAUAAAGGAUGUGAUUGGACUGGUGUAUUAAAAGACUAUCAAAAUCAUCUCAAUAAUGUUCAUAUAACAAUCCAUAACUGUAAACAUUGUAAUGAAAAAUUUUUAAGUAAAUAUGAACUGGAUGACCAUCAAAAAGGCUCAUGUACACAACUAAUGAUAUUAUGUCAGUUAGCCGUACAUGGUUGUUCAAAACAAAGAGUAUGCGAUUUUGUCUGCAAAUUUCGCCUAUCUGGCCUUCGUGAACACUAUUUGACUGAACUACAUCAAAGAUGUUUACUGUCGUAUCUUGAAGGUAACAGCAAACUACUUCAAUCACAUUUUAAUGGAAGUGAUAGAACUAUCACAAAUAGUACUUCUGAUCUGUUUAAUCUACCAUCAUUAAUGUCAACUGUCACUAGUUUCGCUACGACAAAUUCAACCAUAAACUAUUUUUACACUCAACUUCAACAACAUUAUGAGACAUUGACAUCUAUAAUGCGAAAUAAUCAAACAUUAAGCGAGGAUUCAAUUCGUUUGAAAACUGAAUCAUUACAUCACCACAAUUUAUUACAAGCAUGUCAAAACGAAAUAAAUUUAAUUAGACAAUCAAAAGCUGAAAUACAAUCAUAUAUUGCGGAUAUUGGACCUAAUUAUCAAAUAGUUCAACGUGAAUUAGCAACCUUACAGCAAAAAGUAGAAGAUUUAGAAUCAACCAGCUACGAUGGAACUAUUAUAUGGAAAAUUUCUAAUGUUUCAGAGAAAAUGGCUUAUGCUCAAUCGGAACGACAAACAUCUAUUUAUUCACCGCCAUUCUACUCGUCUCCAACUGGUUACAAAAUGCGUAUUCGUCUUUAUUUACACGGAGAUGGAAAUGCUCGUGGAACACAUAUGUCUCUCUUUUUUCUUCUCAUGCACGGUCCAUUUGAUGCAAUAUUAAAAUGGCCAUUUGAAUUUAAAGUGACAUUUUGUCUCUACGAUCAAUCUGGACAACAACGACACAUUAUUGAUUCUUUCAAACCCGACAUAAAAUCAAACAGUUUUCAAAGACCUAGAAGUGAAAUGAAUAUUGCAUCAGGAAUACCGAAAUUUUUUCCAUUACCGACGAUUUUACAUGAUGAUAAGUAUAUCAAAGGUGAUACUAUGUACAUUAAAUGUUUAAUUGAUUUUGGGAAUUUAUCUGAAAUAAUUCUUUCAUAUGCGAUAAGUUUAAAUCCUGCAUUACCUCAACAUGUUCGGCGUGACAUGAUACACGCAGAGAUUGACCGACAACGACAACUUCAGCCACAAUUUCGUAACGAAACUGUAUAUUACUCAUGUUUUGAUAACAUGUUACUAACUUCGCGAGAUGCAGUGAAUGAUGAGAAACAUCAGCAAACUGAAGACCCGAAACUUCAACAUCUUUUAUGUAUAUCAGAUGCAGUAGUGUUUUCACUGCAUCCCAAUGAUACAACAAGCGGGGAAAACUCUGACAACGAUGAGGAAAUGUAA